AUGAGCACCGGGAAAGAGAGUCUCUCUCUGCAGGAUCCAGAGAAGGUGGCCAAGGCUGGUGAUGUCGAACCGGCCAGUUUGGGCGAGCAUUUGCGUGGGCGCCAAUUCAGCGUCGAUGCCCACGAUGUAGCCAUUAUCGAAACCGAUCAAGGCAAACUGCACCGGAAUCUGCAAGGGAGGCAUAUGCAAAUGAUUGCCAUCGGCGGCGCUAUUGGCGCAGGUCUCUUCAUCGGAAGUGGUGGUGCUUUUCAGACUGGAGGUCCUGGCGCCGUACUGAUCGGUUUCAUGAUCAUCGGUGGUAUGAUAUACCUCAUGAUGCAAGCGCUGGCCGAACUGGCUGUCAUGUACCCCAUCAAUGGAGCAUUUACCAUGUACAUCUGCAGAUUCAUUGACCCUUCGUGGGGAUUUGCCUGUGGAUGGGAGUACGGCAUUGGUUGGCUCACUGUGCUUCCUUUUGAAAUUUCGGCAGCUUGCAAUAUCAUACACUAUUGGACAGCUGUAGAGAACGUCAACGACUGCGCUUGGAUCAUACCACUGCUGUUCCUCCUUACCGUCAUCCAGUACUUUGGAGUACGAGGCUAUGGAGAGGUCGAGUUUGUCCUCAGCGCAAUGAAAGUCAUUGCCUGCAUUGGAUUUAUGAUAUUGGGAAUCAUCAUCGACUGUGGCGGUGUACCAACCGAUCAUAGAGGCUACAUCGGGGCCAGAUACUGGCAUCACCCAUACUCUGCAUUCCUCAAUGGCUUCCAUGGAUUCUGUACCGUCUUUGUCACAGCCUCGUUUGCCUUUGGCGGAACCGAACUCACUGGACUAGCUGCUGCCGAGACUCGGGACCCUAGGAGGGAAAUUCCCAAGGCUUCGAGGCAGGUUGUCUGGCGCAUUUGCAUCUUCUACAUCAUCAAUCUCUUCCUUGUUGGCCUGAUUGUCCCUGCAAACAGUCCGCUCUACAGCGGUGAGGGAGCCGAAAGUCGGCACUCACCGUUUGUGAUUGCUAUCCAACUUGCAGGCAUCAAAGCACUCCCGUCCAUCUUCAACGCCAUGAUUUUGAUUUCUGUGAUGAGCGUUGCCAACUCGUGCACGUUUGCCUCGACCCGAACCUUUCAAGCGCUGGCUCAACAUGGUAUGGGCCCAAAGUUAUUCGCCUACGUCGAUAAGAAGGGACGUCCCCUUGUCGUCACCAUCCUUCAACUGCUUUUCGGAUGUUUGGCGUUCCUCAAUCUGGAUAAGACCGGAGGAGGCAACGUCUUCAACUGGCUCCUAGCCCUGUCCGGUCUCUCUUCGUUCUUCAUUUUCGGCAGCAUCGCGGUAGCCCACAUCCGCUUCCGGGCCGCAUGGAAAUACAACGGCCACAGCGUCGAGGAACUCCCCUUCAAAGCCGCGUUCGGCAUCUACGGCUCUUACGUCUGCGCCAUCAUGAACUUCGUCUGCUUGGCCGCCCAGUUCUACGUCGCCCUCUACCCGGUCGGCGGGCCCUAUCUGAACGCCAACCUCUUCUUCCAAGCCUACCUUGCAGGCCCGUUCCUCCUUUUCCUGUACGUCCUCUGGAAGGGCUAUUCCUGGUUCAAGGUCAAGGAACACCGUCCGUUGUACGUCAAGAUCAAGGAUAUCGACAUCUACACGGGUAUGCGCGAGGGACAGGCCGAGCUCAUCAGUGGGCCGGGAGUCACGGAGGAACAGCGGAGGGAAAGCAUCGUCGAGAUUCAGGCGGAGCAGAAGAAGGGCGUCAUGGAUUGGACAAAGGCUGCCGUCAGAGCUGUAUUCUGA